CUGUCGUUUCUUAUGUACAGUAGGGGCCACAGUCUUCAGUGUUGUAUAUUGCUGUGAGAGUAAGUUCUUCGUCAUACUCAGUCCUCGCUUUUAACUAACAUGGCCAUGAAAGCUGUCUGCGUCCUCAAAGGCACAGGAGAAGUGACUGGCACAGUUUACUUUGAACAGCAGGGUGAUGGUGCGUCAGUGAAGGUUACCGGACAGCUCACUGGCCUGAGCCCUGGCCUGCAUGGCUUUCAUGUUCAUGCCUUUGGAGACAAUACAAAUGGGUGCAUCAGUGCAGGACCUCACUUCAACCCCCACAACAAGACCCAUGGUGGGCCAAAUGAUGAGAACAGGCAUGUUGGAGAUCUGGGUAACGUGACCGCCAAUUCCGAUGGAAUUGCUGAAGUUAACAUUGAGGACAAGCACUUGUCACUGACAGGGCCAUACUCGAUCAUUGGGAGGACCAUGGUGAUUCACGAGAAGGAGGAUGACUUGGGCACAGGCGGAAAUGAUGAAAGUCUCAAAACCGGCAAUGCAGGAGGUCGUCUGGCUUGUGGUGUGAUAGGCAUCACUCAGUAAAACCAGUGUCCCCGCUUUUAUUUUAACACUGGAACCUCAGCUAUAUGUGACCAACAUUGGUGCCCCAACUAAGCCCUUAAAGCCAAUGAAAGUAAAGUUUAUUUUUACAGAAAUAAAGAAUGGUCUUACAGUCUUCAUGUAAAUUUGUUUUGCAGCUACUUAUGUACAUUAGAUCUUGGAAGUAGUGGUGUUUCUUUUCAUGGAGUUCCCAUUCAUCCAAUAAAACUUUGGUCCGUACCACUAUUAA